GUUUUCCCUGUCCUUGGCACCUCAGUUUGUGAAAUUGUUUAAAAUGUCUGUUAAAAUGUAUUCUACCUUGUAUAGAAGCCGAUGAAAAGUUAAAGUUGACCCCGUACUAUGUUUGAAAGAAUCAACUCGAUUUCACGUCGACUUUCACGACGAAAAACCUAUACUGAAAAUGAAGAUGGAGAUUUGUUGGAAAGUCAUUCCGGGACUGGACCCAAACUUUUAAGAAUUCUAGGCUUGUUUGAUUUAACUUUUCUAGGAAUAGGAAGCACGUUGGGAGUGGGAAUCUAUGUUCUUGCAGGAAGUGUAGCAAAAGAUUUGGCAGGGCCAGCAGUCUGCUUGUCUUUUUUGGUGGCUGCCAUCGCAUCUGGAAUAGCUGCUCUAUGUUAUGCUGAAUUUGGAGCUAGGGUCCCAAAAGCUGGAUCAGCAUAUGUAUACAGUUAUGUUACAGUUGGAGAAUUCAUUGCAUUUGUCAUUGGCUGGAAUCUUAUUCUAGAAUAUUUGAUAGGUUCUGCAAGUGUGGCUAGAGCACUUAGCUUGAAUGUGGAUGCAAUGGCUAACCAUAGUAUGUCCAUGUUAUUCACCACAGCAACCCCCAUUCAUAUACCACACAUGUCACCCUAUGCUGACUGGUUAUCCUUGAGUGUGACACUGCUCAUGACAAUAAUUCUAGCCAUUGGAGUGAGAUCUACUGCGCUUUUUACAAACACCUUCACCAUAUUAAAUCUAUCAGUUGUAAUGUUUGUGAUAACUGCUGGAGCUGCAUAUGCUAAAUCUGAAAACUGGAUACUGUCAACAAAUGAAACAGUUAGCAUUAAAGCUGCUGGAAUUGGUGGAUUUCUCCCAUAUGGAAUAAGUGGAGUAAUGGCAGGAGCCGCUAAAUGCUUUUUUGGUUUUGUUGGCUUCGAUUCGAUAGCUGCCGCCGGUGAAGAGGCUAAAAACCCCAAGCGCAAUAUUCCUUUGAGUAUUGUUCUUACGCUGAUUGUGGUUCUCGCUGCGUAUGUUGGUGUAUCCAUCGUAUUAACGCUCAUGAUUCCCUACUAUGCUCAAGAUAAAGAUACACCAUUAGUUCACGCGUUCCAGCAAGUUGGCCAUUCGUGGGCGGCUUGGAUUGUCACUGUUGGAUCGGCUUUCGGAUUAACCGCGAGCUUGUUAGGCGCCAUGAUUCCAAUGCCGAGGGUCGUUUAUGCAAUGGCAAAAGAUGGACUUCUUUUGCGAUGUCUGGCUGCAGUCCAUCCGAAAUUCAAGACGCCUUUUACCGCCACAGUACUCACUGGCUCUGUUGCGGCUAUUUUCGCUAUGGUGACGGAACUGGAUUCCUUAGUUGAAAUGAUGUCUAUAGGAACUCUUCUGGCAUACACCUUGGUGGCUGUAUCAAUUCUCAUCCUGAGGUAUGAAGGGAAUCCUGCAAAACGCAGUAUUGAUUUGGACGGUUCCUUACCUUGGCAACGUGAACCGACACAGGCGUCAUCAAGGCAGUCCAAAUUUGCAAUUACAAUUCUGUGUUUACUUACGGUGGUAUUCUGCCUAAUAUUAGCAUCAAUCGAACAAUCUCAAGUCUAUCACGCUGGGCUGAUUAUUUUAUUAGUUUCAAGUGCAAUAUCCAUGCUGGGCUCAGUUUUGUUUCUGAGUUUUUUACCUAGAUCAAUCAGCACUGUUUAUUUCAUGGUACCGCUUGUGCCAUUGAUUCCAGCAAUAAGUAUAUGGAUUAACGUUUAUCUCAUGUUUCAACUAUCACUGGCCACCUGGUUACGGUUUGUUGUGUGGAUGGCUGUCGGUUUACUUAUUUAUGGAGGAUACGGCAUGGGCCAUUCUACACUCGAACGCGAAGCUGCAGCAUUUUCGACGUUUAUGCCUGAAGAAGACACCUCUCCACUUGUUAAUUUGUUGGCUUCAAAUGAAGAGAGUUAUCAAAACGAAUAAUUUACGUCCUCCAAUAGGUAUUCUUUUCCGGCCGUUGCGCAAACGAUCUCUUUUUUUCCAACCGUUAUCUUCUGUAAUGAUAAUUAUUAUUCAAGCACAAUAUAA